AUGUCAAUUGUUUUUCCAAUCUUACAUUUUCUAACUUUAUUGUUAACAGUGAUCAUAGUUUUUAGUUGUGAACAUCAGUCACAUAUUAUUAUAGUGAAUACAUGGCCAUUUUCAAAUGCAACCGAUGCUGGUUGGAACAUCCUUAGUCCAUCGAAUUCCAAAGUAUGUGGAUCAUCAAUAGAUGCUGUCGUUGCUGCAUGUACAAACGCAGAAGAUGAUCCAAAUAUUGAGAGCGUCGGUUAUGGAUGUUCACCUGACGAAAAUGGACACACUUUAUUAGAUGCAAUGGUGAUGGAUGGUAAAACAAUGGAGGUUGGCGCGGUAGCAUCAAUGCCUGAUAUUCGACAAGCAUCCAAAGUGGCACGUGAUGUCUUAUUAAGUACAGAGCAUACAUUAAUAGUUGGGCCGCUUGCAGCGGAAUUCGCGAAGUCGAGAGGAUAUACGCCAGCUUCAUUGGAUACGCCUAAAUCGCAUGAUUUAUGGCUGAAAUGGAAAAAGAACAAUUGCCAACCAAAUUUUCGUAAAUCAGAUUGGAUUCCAGAUCCUACAAUAUCAUGUGGACCAUAUAGACCGAACGUUUCUGAUGUUGAUUUACUUAAAUCGAGGGAUAAACGUGUCAACAAAUUAGAUGUCAAUAAUCACGAUACAAUUGGUGUGAUUGCUUUGGAUGCUUAUGGUUCAAUGGCUGUCGGUACAUCAACCAGUGGAUCAACGUAUAAAAUUCCUGGACGUGUUGGAGAUUCACCUAUUCCUGGAGCUGGUGGUUACGUCGUGAAUAAUAUUGGUGGUGCUGUUGCAACUGGUGAUGGAGAUCUUAUGAUGCGCUACCUAUUGAGUUUUCAAGUUGUUGAAUACCUUCGUCAAGGAAUUGGUCCGAAUGAAGCUUGUAAAAGAGCUUUACAAAGCGUGAGAUCGCCAAAAAAAUGGUAUGGAGCUUUAGUCGCUCUUACAAGUCAAGGUGAACAUGGAUCAGCUUGUGUAGGAUUCGCUAAUUUCAAGUACAGUGUUCGAGCUUCGUGGAUGGGCAAUCAAACUAAAAUAAUUGCUGUACCUUGUACUGAAUUGAAUGAACUAUGA